AUGGGCCCAACGUAUGCAAAUCUCCGGGAUUUCCUGUCCUGUUUGGAAGCGCCCUUCCUCCGCUGCUGUUUUUCCGAGUCAACAUCCCCCUGGAUUUUAACAUGUUCUCUCGGAUUAACCCUCAACGGGCGAAAACCGGCAGUCCGCCCUGCGUUGACGGAGACGGAAACGGAAGCCGUGGGACUACAACCCCCAGAAUGCAUCGCGGGAGCGGGCAGCCGCUCUGUGGUGCCGGUGGAGAUGUCGGCGCCCGCUGAGGAAGGUCGCGAGGCCCCGGCCGGCUCCGAACCCGAGCCCCAGGCUCUGCCCCUGCCACAGGCCCAGGCCUCAGGGCCCAGCCUGCAGCGGCCUAGCACCCGCUCUAACCCUGAGGGGGCGGAGGAUAGGCAGGACCCGCCCGGCCAGGGGGCGCAGGCCGGCGGUGGCAGGGAGGGUGACGGCGAGGCCGGCAUUGAGAGCCCGGGGGGUGGGCCCCAGCCCCAACCCCCAUACCCAGCCCAGGCCCAAACCCAACACCAGCCCCCCAUUCCCAGCCCAGACACAAACCCCAGCACCAACCCCCUUCCAAACCCCAGGCCCAAACCCAGCACCAACCCCCAUUCCAACCCCAGCCCCCAUUCCCAGCCCAGACACAAACCACCAGCCCUCAUUCCCAGCCCAGACCAAACCCAGCACCAGCCCCCCUUCCAACCCAGAACCCCCAUUCCCAACCCAGACACAAACCAACCCCCAUUCCCAGCCCAGAUCCUCAACCAACCCCACCCCCAGAGCAUCUUCACACCCCAGUCCUCCAAUCCACCCCAGACCUCAAACCAACCCCCGAGUCAACCUCAACCUCCACCUCCACCUCCUGCCUCCCCUCCCUCUCCCCUGUCCCUCCCCCUCCCCCUGUCCCAGUCUCAGUCCCAGUCCCAAUUCCAGUCCAAGCCGCAGUCCCUGCCCCAGUCUCAGAGCCAACCCCAGCUUCAACCCCAGCCCCAGCCCCCAGGGCAGUCUUCAGCCAUGCCCCAGUCUCAAAGUCAGCCCCAAUUCCAAUCUCAGCUGCAGUUCCAAAACCAACCCCAGCCUGAAAUUCAGAUCAGGACCCCGAAGGUUAACUGCCCGGAGAAAGUGAUCAUCUGCUUGGAUCUUUCAGAGGAGAUGUCACUGCAGAAACUGGAGUCGAUGAAUGGUUCCAAAACCAACGCAUUAAACAUCGCUCAGAAAAUGAUAGAAAUGUUUGUCAGGACGAAGCACAAGAUCGACAAACGGCACGAAUUUGCUCUGGUGGUGGUGAAUGAUGAAGUCACUUGGCUGUCUGGAUUCACGUCUGACCCCAGGGAGGUUUGCAGCUGUCUGUACGAUCUGGACACAAAUGUCUGUGAGUCUUUUGAUCUGGAUGGGCUCCUUAACCUUGUACAACAAAAGAUUGAGUUGCCAGUGACAGAAAAUGUGCAGACCAUCCCUCCUCCAUACAUUGUGCGAAUGAUACUCGUCUACGUUCGAACUCCCUGCCACCCCCAGCCAGUCUCAGUGGAGCAUUUCAGCAAAAUUCUCCAAUCUCCUUAUUUUUUCUUCGACGUGAUCUAUAUUUGCAACAGCACUGAGGAAAUGAACGAGGAGCCUAGCAGCGAGGAAGCUUCUUCAUUCUUCAACAACUUGGACACAAAGGGGACCAGUUACAAAUAUGACGUGUCGCUGGCCGGACAGGCCGUGGAGCUGCACAACUGCAUGGCCAAGCUGCUCGCUCACCCCCUGCAGAGGCCAAUCCAGGUCCACGCCGUUUACAGUCUGUUGGACGAUGUGGAUGUCGUGGAAGUGGAAGCAACUGUCUGACAGCACCAUGGUCCUGGGAGAAGUAAAUGAAAAUUCUUUCUCACUUGUGCACUGUCUGUCUGCCUCUUCUCUCUCUCUCUCUCUCCCUAUCUCUCUCUCCUCUCCC